AUGGCUGAUCAACGCAAGGCCUACAAACAAAUAGAUGAUCCCGGAUCUGAGUGCAAGAUCAACGAAGCAAUGUUGGAGCGCGCUGUCACUGCGAUUGACCAUCUGUCUUCCAAGCUCUCCUAUGUGCUUCUUCCAACAGGUACCAAGAUCUACGGGUGCCAAAUGGUGGAUGAAUUCCCAUUUGCAAAAGACCUGCCACUGAAAGAAACAUUACCACCUAUCCCGGAACCACACCUCUCCCAGCUCUUCUACUACAACCAGAUCGACUGUUUGAAGCGCAUCUCCAAGGGCAAGAGAUGGAACUGGUGUGAGGUACGACCUGACAACAUCAUCGGUUUCGUUCCAAACAACAACGCUUAUUGUCUCGCACAAACCCUAGCGUUAUAUCUUUCGCUCUAUCGAUCUGUCCAAGGUGAAGGUGCCAAGUGCCCAUUCCCUGGAACGGAGAAGUCGUGGGUGAAUAAGUACAACGAGUCUCCACAGGACAUGGUCGCACACUUCUCCAUCCAUGCAUCUUUGCACCCCGAAAAGACUGCAUCGCAGAGUUUCAACGUCGGUGGGCAGGAAGACAGUUGGAGCGGUAAAUGGCCGGUCAUUUGUGAUUACUUCGGUCUUGAUGGUACUGGGCCAGAAGAAAACUCGCCACAGCCUGGUGCGUACAUUGAUGCACACAAGAAGGAAUGGUAUGAACUGGAGAAGAAGCACAAUCUCAAAAAGGGAAGCGUGGAUAGCGACAUCACACAUCCAGGCUUCCAGUACGUCAUCAUGACCUUGUUUGAUUUUGACCGCCAGAUGAGCAUGGAGGCUUCGCACAAGGUUGGAUAUACAGAGGAGAUUGGGACGAAGGAAGCGUGGACGACGGCAUUCGAUCGCAUGAGGAAGGCCAAGGUCAUACCGUGA